AUGAAAAAAGGCGAUCACGGCAACUAUUUCACCUCCCAACAACUCGUCGUCUGCUCGCCGGUGGUUGCAAACGGCUCAAUGAGUAAGGCGCAACGGAAGACCGCCCACAGAGUGGACGACCGGCCACCGCUACAUCUACAAAAAAUACAAAAUGGUCCGCGACUUUAUCCGUCAAAAUCCAUGAAGGUCUAUAAGGAAAUUAGCUCAGAAGAAGAUAAAUUUGACAAGGGUCCGGGAAAGCGUCGCAGACAAACUUGAAAAAGAGGCGUUCAGCAAAAGGCACUGCUCCCAUGGGCCAGGUGACACUUUGGACACCACUCAUAUAUUUUCCAACAAGAUACAGAGGCCAAGAUCGUUUAACAGUGGUGCAGAAAGGAGCUUUCUGGCUUCAUCGACACUUUAGAAUGGCCGCCCUAUACGCCGGAUCUCAAUCCGCUGGAUUAUUCUGUUUGGGAUAAUCUGAAGUUCAAGUCCUAUGCUACGCCACAUUGUAAGAUCGAGCCGCUGAAGGCUUCCCUUGAGCGAGAGAAAAUCGGCGCCGAUUACCUUUCCGCCACGGCGCUUCCCAAGCGUCUUCGAGUCGUAUUUGCAAUAACGGUGGUCUCGUUGAAAAAAUUCGAAGUUAUUUUGUUUUUAAUGUUCUAAAUAAACUAUCCACUAGAAUUUCAAUCAACUCGAUAGUGUUACGCUACUUUAACUGUCAAUUACAUUUGCUUCAGUAGUUUGCGCGCACCCUGAAGUACAUCAUUGAGUUUUCCGGCCGAUUUAAAAAAUUUCCGAGGUGAAAUAAAAUACCAAUAAUUGACGGAGCAGCUGACUUCUCAUGAAUUCGAUAGGAAAAAAAAACAUAUUUUCAUACUGCCUUGAAAAAGUGUUCCCAUCAUAAUUACCUUUCCUGCCUUGUAAUGCUAGAGUUAAAUUCACUUCCGUGUUUUGAAUAAUAGGCAGAAACAACAUUCAAAAAAAAAGGUUAAUUUUUUUGAAAAAGUCCUUUACAAUGAUGAACUGACAUCUAGGAACAAAGUCGGUCUAUGUAAUAAUUGCCAAUCAAAACCUAUUUAGAAAAAAAAUCCACAUCUUUUCGCCAACUUUCUUGAAAUUCUCUCUAUUUUUUUGAACUCUUCGUUUUUAGUUUUUCAAUGUUCAUGGAAAAGUUGGUUCUGUUACAGGUCUUUCCGGCCUUCGAACUGUAUUAUUAUUCUUAUAAAAUAAAUGAUGAUGAAGAAAGCAAAAUAUCAAUUCGGUCUGUCACAAUAUAUUCUGCAAAUGUCUUUUUAGAUAAAUAAAAAAUAUCGAAAAAACGAGCCAGUUUUGCCGCACAGAAAAAAAAAAACUGCGUGUUCUUGAAGCUCCGUGAUGUACCGGCUGAAGAUCCUAGGCAGCAUUAUUUAUUUUUGCAAUCGAGAACAUUUUUGCAAUCUGAAAAUUAACCUAACUAGGGAGCUACUCGGACUCGGGUACGGGUUUUGAGUUGAAACUUUAGUGGUUUAUAGACCCAAGUCAGAAUAUUAAAAAACAAGAGAGAAUAGCUGCUAAACCCGAUAGAAAACUGAGAAAAAAUUAAAAGAAAAAGUGAAAAUUAGGCCUAAAAAUUUUCAAAACACUGCUUUCUACCUUAUUGUAUAUUUUAAUACAAUCGCCUUGGAUGAUCCGGCUAUGAUAAACACUAAAAAACUUUUUUCCAGCCAAAAAAAGAAGAAAAGCAGAAAUUUGAUAAUUUACAAGCCUACACCGUUCAUUUUCAAAAAGUUUUUUUCUAGAAACCAUGGGGUUUAGCAGAUAAUCUCGCUUGUUUUCAAGUACUCUUACCCGGGUCUAUGUUUCAACUCGAAACCCGUACCCGAGUCUGAGUAGUAACUUCAUGACUAGCAAAGAAGCCUAAUAAGGAAUUGAUCAAAGGAAACCGCGAAGGAGAGAAUCUUUAUUUUACUUCAUUUGACAAUGUUUUGAUCGUUGCUAAACCGUUCCGAACGCAAAGUGAUAUUAACUUUUUAGUUAUAUAUUAUUGCGAAAGCGCUGUUUUGCAGAUAGAUAAUAAGUAUGAUACCACUAUCGACUGAGGAGAAAUGUUACAAAAACUUUGCAACAUGCGAAACACGCUCAUAAGUGUUGGUUACGAUUUCAUUGCGAAGUACAAGAUUCACACGAUUACGGCUUAUUGUUACUUAUCUAAUUCUACAUUUUCCACUGAUAGUAAAUGUCAGACAAGCUAGAAUCAGCAAAAUCAGCUUUCUUAAGCAACAACAAAACAAUAAUGGAGUUCUAUCAAAUCACUGACAACCCAGGUUUUCUAUAUUUUAUGAUCGUUUCGGCGUUUAUGUACUUUGUACUUCUUAUGCUUUUCUACUUGGUCUGCUGCUUUGAACGUCAUAAAAAAGAGAAGGUUAGUCCAUUUCUACUGUUUUUGUCACUGGUUUUUAUAAUUAAUUGUAUUUUGAGCACGUCCAUAUUCCUAUACUCAAACACUUGUGGAUUUCUUGUUUUUUUGGUUUUUUAAGCUUCACGAGUAGUCAUGUGUUUCCAAUAAUUGAUUAUACAUAUAUUAGCGACAACGAUUCGAAAGUUUUUCGUUUAUUCAUUUAUUUCUGUUUUUCAUUUUUAUUAUCUGCUACGAUUAGCAAGUUGAUGGUACCCAUCCUCUUGCUGCUGCUCUUGGUGCAGAGAAUCCUUUUAAUUUCCGAACUGAAGCUAAGUGCAUGGCUGCAGGGGUUUUUUAUUUCUUUUUGAGAAUUCCGCAAUAAGGUUUGUUCCAGGAAAAGCCUAUCAAGGAUGCUAAAAGCCGCAUGGGCUCUUUUACUAUUAAUUAAAUUUUUUUCUGUUUAUGAACCGGAUUUCGAGAAACUCUUGGUUCUAUGGUUUUCGAAUUCAAUUCUUUGCUUGUUUUUGUACAAAAUGAUUUCUAAAUCGAAGAUGGAUAAGGCGGCUGUAAGAGAGGAAAUGAAAAUUGUAUGGCACACGGCUCCAAUUUUUCUUCUGCAAAUGGUUUGUUCAUGUAAAAAGAGAAGGCAAUCAUUCUUUCCCGGAACACCCAAACAAACUAGGAAACUCGAUUCAACAAAUAUUUGUUUGCUUCUGUAUCCAAUUAUUAGUUAUGUAUAUCAAAUCAAAAACUAUAAAAAAACCGAACCAAUUUCGAAGUAGUAGGGGACUUCGAAAAACUGACCGCACACUAAGAGAAAAAUCUGCGCAGCUCAAAAGUCAAAUCAAUCAAUCAAUCAAUCAAUCCAUCAUCAAUUUCCUCAGGUCCUUUUUUGCGGGCGUUUAUAAGUAAAUUAAACUUGAAACAAUUAAUAAAUAGAGUUUAAGUAAAAACAAGUGCAUUACAAAAGUUCAAAGGAACUUUUAAAAAAAUUUGAAAAAAUAUAAAUCAGCAAUGAUUCUUUUUUCAAAGACCCUGGCAGGACAUGACUCGUCAAAAUAGGAAAAGAAAAAAAUGAUGUCAAGCGCUUCGCAAAACUUAUUUUUUGUCAUCUUUUGUCCAGUUUCGUUAUUUUUUUUUCAGAACCGUUAUCAGGGUUUUUGAAAGCACAAAAAAUAAGCUCGGAUGAUCAUCAAUUCAAGCCUUUCGGAAAACUUUGAAAAUUGAGUAUCAUCAUUUUGAAGCUAUUAGGAACCGUCACUGAGUUUCGAUGGAUUCGAAAAAUCAGUAAGCGGUUAUUAAAGAAUUUCAAGAGUUUUCCGUGGCAAGGAUAAAAUAUAGACAGCUAAUUUUUCCGCUGUUUGUGCUAAUCAGCUAUUUUUAUAUAUUUCUCCGUGAAACUUCAAUCACAAAAUUUUCAGCUCUUUGUGAUCUUUUGCAUUGGGCGACCUCUGGAAAACUACUUCCAAACAGAGAUAUUCGGGAAGCUACUCGAGGUCAGCGAAUUUUCCAAUCUGGACGCGCUACAAAUGAUCUGCGUGCCAAUAUCUUUUUUGGCCUCAAGAGGGCACAUUGGAACUUCUUUCAAGAUAGAAGGCUCCAAGGCCAACAAGGUGUCUUCUUAUUAUGAAGGUGAAAAAAAACGGCCUCCAAAACCAAACCGAUACAUUUUCAGGCUCAGUAGCCACUGUGAGUCAGUUCACUUCAGUGGUCUGA